AAUCAACUUCACCCUUGACACACCCAUUAAAACCCGUCACUGUUGGCUGUGAUGUCACUUCAGUUUGCAUCCAUGCUUGUCUUAUCUCCCGUCUCAGUCACCGCCCUAGGCGUUGGUCGCCAUGCACUCUCAUCAAGUGACCCGUCUUUCUUCUUUUCUCCUUUCCUACAUCCUCAUGACUUUCAUUAAGUAAAAAUGCACCAACAUCGCGAAAAUGGGCACGAAACUCAUGCCAAUGAAAGGACAGCCCUCUUCUCACCACAGUCCGAGGCACCAAGCAGUGUGCCCAGAUCAAUUGCGAACGUGAAUGCGCACCGCACUCGCUGCUCAUGGCCAUGGAUAUACGUCGUGCUCCUCUGCAUAGUCCUCGCCGUUGUUUCAGACGUUGGCGAAUCUCUCUACGCCGCGCCAAGAGUGCGGCUCUUUGAGUCCGUCGCCUGUACCCGCUACUAUCUGCGGCACGAUCCGUCGUUAGUGGAUCGUGCCGGGUCUGUCCCUGAGCGCCUCUGUAAGAUCGACCCGGUGCAGGACAAGGUUGCCUCGGUCGUGGGCUGGCAGUACUUUUUCGAUGCCAUUCCCGCGAUCCUGCUUCCAAUCCCUUAUGGUUAUGUGGCCGACUUGCGUGGGCGUAAAUGGAUUCUGGUAUUAGCAUUGGUUGGGUAUACCUUGUCCUGGGCGUCGACACUGUUUUUUGUCGGGGUACUGCAUUUACCUUUGAACGCAGUCUGGCUAUCAUCACUCUUCUUCAUCAUCGGCGGUGGCCCAACGACGGGCACAACCUUGCUCACUACGGUUGUUGCUGAUGUUGUGCCGGCAGAGGUCAGGAGUACCGUCUUCUUUUAUCGCUUCUGUACCGACCUUGUCGCAGAUCUUAUUGUCCCUCCAAUCACCUCGAUCUUGAUGCACAAGAACACAUGGAUCCCUCUCCUACUGGCAGUGGCCUUUCAAGGGCUUAGUGUCAUUGUAGCACUUGGCUUGCCGGAAACACUGCCAGUGGUUGACCCUAAGAGGUUCGGUGAGGACGCCGAUGGCAUCUCUUCAGAAUCCACAAGCAGUGAGCAAGCAGAGAUACCGUCCAAGAGUGACGGCAGGUGGGGAAGCUGGCUUACUCGGAACAAAGGCUCGUUCGACUUCGUCAUAAAAGACAGAGCCCUGUCCGCCCUUGUCUUCACUUUUCUCAUCUCCAAGGUCGGGCGCCAAGCUGCCAAUAUGCUCUUCCAAUAUGUGUCGAAGCGAUAUGGAUGGACUUUAGCACAGGCAGGAUUUCUCAUAUCACUACGGGCCGGAGUAAACAUUGCGCUAUUUACAGUCAUACUGCCUUUCAUUGCAACAUACGCACUCGUAAGUUGGAGUGCAAAGUCUCGCGACUUAUCGAUCGGCAAAGCAAGCAUCAUCCUCUUGAUUCUGGGGAGUUUUAUCAUAUUCUCGUCACAGACAGCUGUAGGCAUGAUGAUUGGGCUCGUCAUAUCCACCUUGGGCUCCGGCUUCGCGCCAACCAUGCGCAGUCUGGCAACCAGCCUUGUCGAGUCUCGACACCCUAACGCGACAAGCGACAUCGGGCGGCUCUAUGCGCUCAUCUCGGUCGCAGAAGGAAUAGGAAGCUUGGUAGCAGGUCCCGGGAUGGCUUUGGCCUUCCACGUGGGCAUGAGCUGGGGCCAAGUCUGGCUUGGGCUGCCCUUUGGGUUUGCUGCUGUUCUUUUCGCCUUGGUCUCGACCAUUGUGUUCAGUGUGAAGAUUUAGAUGAUGGGAUCUAAAUACGACUUGACUGGAAUAGGUGUAUGGCAAUUUUCGCAUUUUGAACUUCAAAACUAUACAGACGGCUGCUUUUAUCACCACGUUCACGAUAUACACCGCCCCCAAAACAAUACUUUCUGCAGUCUAGUCGACUGCAGUACAAGUUUUAUUCGAUUACCACAAGUGGAAUAUAUACGCUAUGCAUGCUUAUAGGUCAGGGUCCGAACCGAAGAAUGAGCGCAACAAUUCAUUAAGUUGCUCGUCUUGGAUGAGGAACGCAUCAUGCCCACCAUCGCUCUGAAGCGUUGCGAAAGUUGCAUUCUUCAGGCCCUGGGACAGAA